UGCUAUUUUACUGCCAAAUCCCCUACAAACUCAGCAGCAGAAUCUCUUUUGUUUUUUUGCUUCUGAUUCGCUUAACUUUUUUUUUCUCUCCCCACUUCAAUGUCGGUGCAUUGGGUGGAGCGGCUGCACGCGCUGGCAGAGGACCGGCUCGGCGUUGGGAUUCCGGACAACCUGUUCCAGGCCCUGCUCGGGUGCCGCCUGCUGCUCGGCCACGGCGCAAGCCACCACUUGCUGUUGCACAUCCCGCCGUCUGCAGCGAUUGUGCGGUCGUCGUUCGACGUGCGCAGAAUGGUCGCUCAGGUUGCCGAGUUCCUGUUCGCUGCCCCGUGGACGGCCGCCGAGAUUGCGUGCACCCCUGCGACCACUGCCAGAGACAUCUUUGCAGCCAUGCUGAUUGCCGUGGACAUGACUGAGGACGAUCCGCCGCCGAGUGGUCAUCAUGCAGCCCAGGGCGAGAUUAUCACCAACACUGUUAAUACUACGACUGCGAAUCUACCAAGUACAAGGCAACAACUCGGACCAAGUCAUGGAACAGCUGUGGCAGGUGCUACUGAUAUCCAGAAGCAGCGGAGAGCAUCCAGCGAGAGCUUCUCUGCCUUGAAUAAUAACAAUACUACUACUAGUGCGAAUCGCCGAAGCACUGCAUCGUCAAGCGGAACUGUGCCACCAUCGCCCACGGUUACGACGAGCCCUGUCGCGUCGUUCUUAGCGGCGCCAUCGAACGAGGAUGAGAUCCAGACCAUUAAUACGCGCAGGCCACUGCUUCGGCAGAGCUCGGACGACGAUCUCAACCAUCCACCAGCUUCUCCUCGAAUUGCACCGGGAGCAGCUGCUGCUGCAACUUCAGCACAGCAUGCGUUCAGCGUUCGCCCGCCGUCGGUGACCAAGCGAUCGUCCAUGGCCGACAUGGGCAGCGUCGCGCAAACAGCAAAGAGUCGGGACCGAACGCUCCAUCGCCAAUUCUUCCAGUCCCGGCAGAGCUCCAUGCAAGCUCUGCGAACACAGACAUCCAUUGAUCAGAAAUCUGCGAGUCCGAUCGCCAGUCCCAGCUUCUCCUCGAUGAGUUCCUCAGGUUUCGACACCGAGUUUAGCCCCAUCAUGCCGUCCCUUCGAUCCGAUGCAAACGGAGAGCUGUACGAUGUCGCCCCGAUUCUCGUUCUCGACAAAUUCCGCAAAGUGCCCAUGCAAACUCAAAAUCUGUUCACGCAGGCUCUUCUGCAAGGAUACUUCGCAGUGAACGAUGAGGUGUACGCCAUUCCUCGCGAUUUGUUCAUCAUCAUGAUUGUUGACGAGGAUCCAAGUCCAUCCAUCACACCACCAUUGCUCGACCACAUGCUGCUGAGCGUUGUCGUGGACUGGCCAAUAGAACGGCCCAAAGUGCUGAUGGCAGGCGCCAACCGGAAUUGCAACGUCGCCGAAGAAAUGCACCCAUUUGUGCACAUGUUCCACAAAGUGACAGUGCACCCAAAUAUGGCUAUACUCAUUCGAGACGUUGUAUCGCGAUUGCGGCAUCACCCUUCUGUGGACUCUGGGAUUACCGCUCGCUGCAGCGUCCUAUUAACCUCGGUUUCCCGAGCUUUUGCAGUCCUUGAUGGAAGCGUAUACGUUUCGCCGAGGCAUGUGGGCGCGGUCGCGGCGAGCGUUCUGGCACACCGACUCUCGCUCAAGUAUGACUCUCACUGGCGCGAAGAGGCUGCUGCCAUGGCUGUGCUUUCGGGCCUGGGUGCUACAUCCAUGCUUCCUGUUGCAGGAUUGCAGUCCUCCACGACGGCUGCAGCUCUGUCCACCAUCUCGAACGCGCAAACGGCUGUCUUGGCGGGUCGCGCGGGCAAGCAACCCCGCCACUCUCGCCAUAGCUCACACCAGCACGCACUCAAGGCGCAUCCCUUAGGCGCUGCUGCUCCUGCACACAUCUCGCCACACUUGUUUUCCCAGCUCUCUGGCGAUCGACUCGCACAAAAGUUUGUCUUUGUCGACGCUUUGGUUGCCGAGUUGCUUCCCAACGAGUGAUGGCCAACUCUGUGUCGUGAUUGCUGCAACCAGUUGUGUCAUGAGGGUUUUGUAUCAUACCAUGUACAGUAAUAAUACUGAUAACUUGCACCACAA